AUGGAGAUAGAAUCAGCUUUCAAGUAUCUCGAGAGCUUCAUUCUCCUGUUUUUGAAUCUGAACGCAAAUGUAGUACUCCUUCAGGUUUCUGCUCUUUCCUUCUUUGUUUUCCUCGAUAGCGAUCUCUUGGACAAUGGCUGCUACAGAAGGAAUGGCCAUCGUUCGCAAUUGCUUAGACAUGUACGGGCAACGGAUUGUAACCUCGCAUGCAACGAGCCAGAAAUUUCAGAGCAAAUCGAACCAGAAGUGGGUUAUUUCUACGAAAUUGAUCACACGAAGCUACCACCAAGAUCCCCUAUUCAACUGAAAUCAAUUCGUAUAGUCAUGGUAACUGAAAAGACUGAGUUCAAUGUAUCAGUGAAGUUUCCGAGUAACCUCUCUCUUCGAACGUACUUCAAUAAAGACUCAUCGAGCGGAAGCCCCCAGGAUCUCGCCGGGAAAGUGCAACCAGCUCUAGACGAGCAGUUCGUUAUGGGAUCAGGACUAGCGAGCAAAAUUUUCACGAGACAAGUUCCAUCUUCUGAGAUAUUGAAACAGAAGCACUUACAGAGCUUCUGGUCGGUACCUCCAAAAGUGACUGAAAGCCCAAGUUGUGUUGCCAAAGAGAGAUUACUGGAUGACACUGUGGUGAAGGGCACAUGUUGGUCGGCUCUAAAAUCUGCAGGACUAGUGCACUGGGGAGUGCGCAGGCAAGUGUCGUUCAUUGGACGGCACAAAGAGAAAACGACACAACCAAUUUGGGCUUUGAGAGAAGAAGAGGAGGAUGAGGAGGAAGAAGAAGAAGAGGAAGAGGAGAAUGAGGAAGAAGAAGAGGAAGCAGCAACAGAAAUAAUAACUGAAGAGACGAAAGAGACAACUAGGAAGAGGAAGCGUGACACUUCGAGCAGGUUUCGAAAGACAAAAUCAACACGAAAACGUGUGAGAGAGAAAACAAGCGGUUGCAACACUAAACGAAAGAAGUCCCUGAAGGCGUCCAAGAACAGGUGGUCCACGGAGAGGUAUAAGCUGGCGGAGCAGAAAUUGCAUGGGAUAAUGAAAGAGAAAGGGGCAGUGUUAGGGCAACCGAUGCUUCGGCCAGCAUUGAGGCAGGAGGCUCGGAAGCAUAUCGGUGAUACAGGGUUGCUAGACCACCUACUGAAGCACAUGGCUGGGAACGUUGCGCCAGGAGGCCAGGAACGGUUCCGUCGAAGGCAUAACCCGGAGGGUGCAAUGGAAUACUGGCUGGAGAGCGCGGAUCUGGUCAACAUUCGGAAGGAAGCAGGAGUGAGCGAUUCUUACUGGGUUCCACCACCUGGAUGGAAGCCUGGCGACAGCCCAUCUCAACACUGCGAUUGUUCUAGGGAGCUCAACCUUCUCAAGGAAGAAAUCGCCACUCUCAAGAGGUAUCCGAUAAUGCAUAUUCAACUCGAGCAACAGCUCGUUGAAUUUUCCAAAUCUUUGAACAAAAUGCAGGAGGAGAUUCAGAAGCUAUCCGCAUCUUCAAUGCAAGUGGAGACUGCAAGAUCAGCGGUAGUCGUUGAAGAAGGAGAAAAGAAAGGAGGAAAAGAUACAGAUGCAGCGGCUGAGAAAAAAGAAGAUGGAAAUAGGGCAGAAGCGGAAGGUGUGGCAAUGCAGGAGGAGAUUCAGAAGCUAUCCGCAACUUCAAUGCAAGUGGAGACUGCAAGAUCAGCGGUAGUCGUUGAAGAAGGAGAAAAGAAAGGAGGUAAAGAUACUGAUGCAGCGGCUGAGAAAAAAAAAAAUGGAAAUAGGGUAGAAGCGGAAGGUGUGGCAAAAGCAGAAAAGAAACAAAAGUUGCGGAGUGGGUUCAGGAUUUGCAAGCCGCAAGGAACGUUCCUUUGGCCCAACAACAUGGUGGGCAGCAGCAACAUUUUGUCCCCUGCCUCACUUGCACAGGCCCAGGUGGUGGUACAGGUCGAGGAUCUUCUCAUGGUCCCCACCCCUCCCUCUGUCUCUUCUGCCACGUCCAAACCCAGGCUUUUCACCAGCGUCGCUCCUCCUCUCCCUGUUCCUACCGGCGUCGCUCCUCCUCCCCCUACUCCUACCGGCGUGAUUACCGCUUGA